GAGGCCGCGCGAGGGCAGGCCGGGCACCUCGAGCGGCAGCGAGGAUGCGUGGCUUUUCGAGUCGUUUAUCUUGCCGCGGUUGCGGUGCGACAGCAGUCGUGUCUGCUCGCCGACCAGGUCGAGCUCGGCUGGCUCCUCGUCGCUCGCGUUGCCGGUGCUCGUGCCGGCGUCGCGCGCCUGUCUGCCGCCGGACAGCGCACGCUCCGCGCGCCGCAGCAGGCGGCGCAGAAUGGACAAGGACAGCGAGAGCGCAGCCUCCUGCGGCGCAGCUAAUUCGAGCAGUGCGAUGGCGUUCUGCAGGUUCUCGAACGCCGUCGUGCUCAUGAGCGAGCCCGGCGCGCGCACCACGUGCAGUCCUUGCACAGCUGACGGAUGCGCUCCAUCAGCGGCUUGCCUGGGCCGCGCAGCAUCGCAACUCACCUGCGGCGCUAAAGACUCCGUUCCACAGGAAGUAGAAGCGCGGCAGCACUGUCGGAUAGUGGUAGAAGAGCGAGCGCACCAAAACGAUGCUAUGCAGCGCCGGCUCGUCAGCGCAUGGCUAGCUAGGCACCGCGCGGCGGACGCUCACACUUUGCUUGCAGACUCGCUCACGGCCACCAUGCUCUUGGCAAACGGCCCGCUGAGCGGGUCGCCGUCGGACUCUUGCAGUGACUUGACGAACCACGCCCGGUGCAGCAGCAGGAAGGCCUGGUGCAGGUUGACGCCGUGCGUGUGCCGCUGCAGCUCCUCGCGCAUUGCCGCACUCGUCGCGUCGUCGAUGAGGCCAGACUGCAGGGCUCUAGAGGGCGGUGCCUGCGCCUGAGCAUGGCUGAUCAGGGGCUCCAUGCACGGCAGUGUCUGGUGCUGCAGCUGCCGCAGCUCGGCGUCGAAUGCGAGCGUCGAGGCGUACGUCGAGGUGUUGCUGCACAGGCACUCGUUGAGAAUGCGCGAGUGAAGCCGCACCAGGCUGCACUUCAUUGCGCUGUGCACUGCGUCAGUGCUGCCCACGGCUACC